CCCUCUGCCGCCGCCGCCUCCUCCUCCUCCUCUUCUGUCAAAAGCUCCUCCUCUGUCCGUCGCUACAGUCGAGACCGGUGACAUUUUUGUGCUCAAAGAGAGCAAGAGGGCACCGGACUGUGAAUCUGCAACCCGCCGCUGUCUGUUGCCUCCAUCUAAGCGGAGGCUAAUAUGAAGGCAACAUUUGGCAAGCCCGAUCCAGGAAAGUGCCAGCAGUCCUUUCAACGCAUUUGAGGCCCAAACCAUGUUUUACUAUCUCCGGUAAAAACCCGCGCCCCCCCGCCCCGACUUUCCCCUUCAUCCUACCAAGCCAGCGAGAGCGAGGCCGCUCCAGACAUGCGUCCGCCAUGCGUCGACACGGCCGAGCCGCCGGCCGCCUGCGGGAGGAGGGGUCGCCGCUGUUUGCGGAGAAAACUGAGGCCGGCGCGGCUCUUGGGCCUGGUGGUGAGCCUGCUGGCCGUAAGUGCCGUCUCCGUGUGUGCCUUGACGUGGAACUCUGCCGCUUUGAGUGAUUCGGCGGCGCCCGGCGAGAGCCUCGGCCAACCGGGCCCGCCCCGCAGGACUCUGCUCUUCAGCCGACAGCCCAAGGAGGCCAACGGAUCGUCCGGCGGCAACGAAAGCCAAGGGGAGUACCCGCCGGACCUUUUUGACCUCCAGCAGAAGCGCCGGGGGGCGGUGAUCCUCCACAUGUUCGGCAUGAUCUACAUGUUCAUCGCCUUAGCCAUCGUAUGCGACGAGUUCUUCGUCCCGGCGCUCACGGUCAUCACCGAGAAGCUGACCAUCUCGGACGACGUGGCCGGCGCCACCUUCAUGGCGGCGGGCGGCUCGGCCCCCGAGCUCUUCACGUCCAUCAUCGGCGUCUUCAUCUCGCACAGCAACGUGGGCAUCGGUACCAUCGUGGGCUCGGCCGUCUUCAACAUCCUCUUCGUCAUCGGCAUGUGCGCCAUCUUCUCCAAGGAGAUCCUCAACCUGACGUGGUGGCCGCUCUUCCGCGACGUCUCCUUCUACAUCCUGGAUCUCAUCCUGCUCAUCGUCUUCUUCCUCGACAACUUCAUCUCCGUGUGGGAAAGUAUCACGCUGCUGUCGGGAUACGCCGCCUACGUCAUCUUCAUGAAGUUCAACAGCAACGUGGAGGGAUUCGUCAAGAACUGCAUGAACAAGAACCAAGUGGUGGAGGUGGAGGUGCAACCCAAGGCGAGUCCGGGGGCGCCCGAGGAUGACGGCAAAUUGUCGGCCAGACCCCGUCUUCAGAGGGGGGGCAGCUCGGCCUCCUUGCACAACAGCUUGAUGAGGAACAGCAUUUUCCAGCUCAUGAUUCACACCUUGGACCCUUUAAGUGAAGAAUUUGCGGACUCUGAGCUUGGGACUUAUGGGAAACUAAAAUAUUAUCACUCAAUGACUGAGGAAGGGAAAUUCCGAGAGAAAGCCUCCAUUCUUCACAAGAUCGCCAAAAAGAAAUGCCAAGUGGAGGACAGCGAGAAGGCCAAUGGCGUCGCAAGCCGUUCAGAGAAGAACCUGCCAAACAGCUCCAGCGUGCAAGUGGAGGUGACCCCGCCCAUGAACGGCACGGCGGGACAAGAGGGCCAAGCGGCGGAAGACGAGGAGGAAGACGACCAGCCUCUGAGCCUGUCGUGGCCCGAAUCCGGCCGCAAGCGCUUCACCUACCUCUUCAUCAUGCCCAUCGUCCUCCCGCUGUGGCUGACGCUGCCCGACGUCAGGAAACCGUCAUCCAAGAAGUUCUUCCCCAUCACCUUCCUGGGCGCCAUCUGCUGGAUCGCGGCCUUCUCCUACCUGAUGGUGUGGUGGGCCCACCAGGUUGGAGAGACCAUCGGGAUUACAGAGGAGAUUAUGGGUCUGACUAUAUUAGCGGCUGGAACGUCCAUCCCUGACCUCAUCACCAGCGUCAUUGUGGCACGCAAGGGCCUCGGCGACAUGGCCGUGUCCAGCUCCGUCGGCUCCAACAUCUUUGACAUUACCGUCGGGCUUCCGUUCCCGUGGCUGAUGUGGUCGCUGAUCAGCGGCUUGCGUCCGGUGGCGGUGAGCUCCAACGGGCUUUUCUGUGCCAUCGUGCUGCUCUUCCUCAUGCUCCUCUUCGUCAUCAUCUCCAUCGCCGCCUGCAAGUGGCGCAUGAGCAAGCUGCUGGGCUUCAUCAUGUUCAUGCUCUACUUCGUCUUCCUGGUGGUCAGCGUCAUGCUGGAGGACCGGGUGCUCAUCUGUCCCGUGUCCGUCUGAGGGGGAGGGGGGCCCGGACACCCCGUACCCGAGGUCUGCCCCCUAAGCUUUUUCCCACUUACUGACCAACCAAAAAAAAAAAUCCUCAUCGGUUCUCCUACGUGCUGGAUGAAAAGCGUGAGGAAAAUGUGCAGUGGAGACGCCAACGAGAGGCACUAAACUCGGUCUGGCGUGAGUGGAUUUUCUGUAUUCUUUAAUUAGCAGGUGAGAGGGCGCAUUACGGCCGCACCGGCCGAAUCUCUAAAGCAUUAUGCAUGUCAUUAGUGUCAUUAGAUCAGGCUUAUCAAGACUGGCAGGUUGAGGAGAACCACCUCCAGUGAACUUAUUGGUCGAAGCCGCCGCCCGCCGGGAGCUCACAAGAAAUACAGAUAACAAGAAGAAUGAAGACCAAGAACCCGGAAAAGACGCUCUCUCUUAAGAGGAUUUUCUUUUUCAAUUUGAAAUUCACUUUUUUUUCCCAUGAAAUAAUUAGCAGUAGCCUAAAAUGUACUAUAGCAGAGCAAUCUGCUGCCUCGGAUUGUAGAUAACACAUCACACACUCGCACCACCACCAAAAAAAAAAAAAACAGGUCCCUACAAUGAAAAGCAUGAGUAUUUAAGGACCCACUAAGCCUCCAUUAUGAAGUCAAAAUAAUACAUUUGAAAAUAACUUAUCAGUGUAAACGUGUCACAAAUGAUAGAUUAGUCGGCGUGUAGCGCUUUGGGCUCGAGUCGCAGCUGAAGAAGAAAAGAAAAUGACACUCGCAGACAAAUAGUAGUAAUCUGCUUUUUUUUUUUUUUAAACGUAUACCAAAAUGUUUUUCACCAUGUUACACGCUAACAUGUAAACCAGUGCGCACUCUAGACGUAGAAAAAAAAAACGACAGCAACAGUAUUAGUCAAGAUCAUUUUCUAAGCUGCAAUGACCCUCCCUUCCUCAUAGAGGCGCUAUGCUAGAACACAAAUAAACUCCACCCAUUUGUCUCGUACGCCAAAAGAGAGCUCCCAUUCACGAUGUGUGCGACUAGAAUGAGGAUAAAACAGCAAUAUACGUGUUGUCAUGCGUCGCCACCCAACCGCCUUUCCAUUUUCGACGCCCUUUGACCUCAAGUCUCUGUAUAGCAUCUUGGUGGCAAUGACGUUUAAAACGCGGGAACAAAAAAAAAAGUGCUUACGUUCGAGUUACUUUGGGCUGGUUACCCACCGACUGUACAGCGGAACUCUACACUUUUAUGCAUUCGAUUGGAAAAGAGAACAAGGUUUUACUUUGUAAAUAUCUAUUUUUGUUUCAAACGAGCAAAACCAGUUUGGAUAUGACUUCUUUUUUUUAUAUAUACUCAUGUUGAGCAAAUCUAGGUAGGGCUGAAGCUGACGACAUUUUUUCAUGUAUUGAAGUGCAAAAAAAUAUAUAUAUAUGAAAGAUCCACAAACUGCCUCUCUAAGGCUUGUUGAGUAUAUAACUGUAUAGUGUCAGCUAAUUUUUCUUGAGUUUGGACAAUCAUUUGUGUGCACGUGAAGGCCCAAGCGAUCAACUCAAAGUGGACUCCAAAGUUGCUCUUCGCCACGUUGCUUGAAUGAUGCCGUCGAAGGACUUUUGAUUGUGCUUGACGAAGGUACGUGAAUUAAUUGCCACAAGUCACCAAUCACCGUUUUGCACUGGAAAUGUCUUUAUUUUUUUUGGUGAUCAUGUACGAUUGAUUUCACGUGUACAUAUAUAUAUAUAUAUAUAUAUACAGAUUCAAAUUAACCAUAUAAUCUAUAUAUGUACAACACAUUUGUCUCUAUGUACAAACACAAAGUAUAUAAUAAAGCUGAUCUGAUUCGAAUAUGCAA